CAUUCUUGUCAAAGCUCUUCUCUACCAGCGCAUCCACGCACUCCCGCACGUGAAGUCGCAGCGACCAGAAAGCCGCGCCCCUUGCUUCCGACCAACAAUGGCCGGCACUCCAAGCAACGUUAUAGAGACGCCGACGACCACCCUGGGCUACUGGGAAGGCGCUCGGGGUAUCGUUGUGCCGAUUCGCUACAUGCUCGCCUAUGCCGGCGUGCCGUACCGCUUCAAGACCUACCCUUUCCGCGGCGGGGCCACCCUAGAGGAGUGCAAGGCGCCCUGGCUGGAGGACAGGGCGGCCCUGGCGGAACAAGGGCUGCCCUUCCCGAACCUGCCCUAUCUGAUCGACGGCGACGUCCAGCUCACCCAGAGCCUGGCCAUCUUGAGGUACCUGGCCAGAAAGCACGGCCUGGACCUGCCGGACGCUGACCCCGGGACUGCGGCCAGGUUGGACAUGAUUGAGGCCCAGGUGAACGACUUCAGGUGGAGCCUCAUCUACCACUGCCUGGGGGACAAGUACGAGGCCCUCCGCUGGAACUUCCUCGAGAACAUCCCCAGGGAACUGUCCCGCUUCAGCCAGUUCCUGGGGCACCGGCGCUGGCUCAUGGGCGACAGACUCACCCACGUGGACUUCAUGCUGUACGAGGCACUCGACCAGUACGCCCUUUUCAGCGAGGGCUGUCUCGACGCCGAGCCCAACCUCAAGGCGUACGCGGACAGAUUCCGAAACCUGGAGCCCAUAAAGCGCUUCCUGGAGUCGGGCGAUUUCAAGCCCUGGCCCGUGUUCCUGCCCAACGCUGCCCACUUGAGCGCCAAGGACGAGCUGCCCAAGGCCCUCAAAAAGAGUGGCUAAAGGGCACGCGGUUUCGUUAGUCUCGAAUCGUGAAACCAGAUGGAAUACGCGUAGACUGAGUGCAAUACUUGAUCGCAUACUGUCUUGGGAAACAGCCAGGCGCACGUAAGAAAAGAGAACAGUAUUUUUUUGUGUUCUUUUGUUUGUCUGUGUAAAUAAACUACGCAUCGCAGAAAGCUGAACUACCUUGAGAAUUUGACACUGGCAGUCUUGAUAAAAUGCGAAAGUUUCAGAACAUGACAUUACCUGGAUCAAAAGAUAGAAAAGAAAGAAGUAAUUUUUCGAUGAGCCGACGUCCACCGAAGCCUAAUAAUGUCAAAGCAAGAAAACGAGAUUGUGGUCGCCUGUAGCACCUAUUGCAUUGAAGAAAAAAAAACUUGUCAGCCAGAAAGAAAACAAUAUUAUCUUUCUUGCUGACAAAUGUUUUUCACUGACAUAAGUGCCACAUGCGUCCACAAUUUCAGUUCUUCUGUUUACCAUGCAAGGCUUACGUAGACGUCAUCUCAUGCAGAAAUUUCGUAUUUCUUUCUUACAUUCUGGUCAAGGUACCGUCACGUUCUCAAACUUUCGCGCCCAAGCAAUAGCGUUACAUUCUCACGGUGUUUGAGUUUUUUUCCGAUGCGCAGUUUAUUUCCGCGGGUCGAAACAUACCGUUUUCCUAUCUCGUGAACGCCUUGUACUUCUUUGCGGUGAACACGGAACACAUGUGCUCCUGAAGCACAGCUGAACGAAUUCGGGGGUGCUAGGGAGGGUCGAGAAGGCCUUUCGUUUUCUUUGCGUGACAGAAUUCGGUGCAUGUACUCCCGCGUACGCUCUGAUGUCAACUUUGUACCAUUCACGCGAGACUGAAAAACACCGAUAAUAAAAAAAUAAGCGUCCAAUAAAGAAUA